AUGACUGAUUUUUAUGAACCAACAUUGCUUUUCAGACAAAAUGCUAUUAGACAUAGUGGAACAAAAAGGUUUAAUCCUAGCCUAUCACCUAUAUCAAGUGUUGAGAGCUUGAUGUCGACAUUGGACCAUAGUGAAAAUUCAAUGUCUUCUGUUGAAAACACUUCACCUUCAUCAUCUUUCUAUAAACAUAGCGGCAAUAGUGCAUCCUCAAGGUCAUCUUGGCUACUUAAUUUGAAUAACCCAAAGGAUACUGAGGCCUUGAACAAGAUUUGUGCUAUCAAUAGAACCAAUAUCAAAUCUAACUAUUGGAAGAUUCCCGAUGAUGAUAUGAAUUUGACCUCAAUGUGUAUCAAGUCAUCUUCACACGGCAAUGCCGGCAUAGACACUUUAGCUUCAGCUAACGAAAACACACUUUUGGCAAUUUCCUCGGGAAAUCGAGAGAAUAACCUAUUUAUUUACGAGCUAAAUGUUACAUCAAACCAUCUAAUACAUCAUUCUACAAUCAGCUUGCCCAAUAUCAACACCAUGAAGUGGGUAAAUACUUCCAACUCCAACUCUAACCUCAACGACAACAACACUCCAGAGAUGGAAAAAAAUUAUAUCGUUACUGGUAACAAUAAAGGGUAUGCGCAUUUAGUGCUUCUUCCUGAAAUCACAACUCAUGAGCCUAACCCCGAUGAAGAGUUAGCCUCGGCUGAGAUCUGCAAAAGAUUUAAUCACCGAAAGUAUAUCAAGAGAAGAAGUCAAAAUACCAGCCAAGAUGAUGAUUAUUAUGUUGGUCUCAACUCGCCAAUUACAAACUUAGACCUCUUUAAUUCUAACAAGGAAAUGGUCUCGAUAUACAACGAUUACUUGUUUCAUUGGGAUAUGCAGAAUGCCGAGUCGCAACAACGGCCCACGCCUUUAUCCUAUACCAAAAUCUCUGGUAUCUGUGACUUUGAUACGUUACAAAACAAUAACACUACGUUGAGUAUAUGCGGCAAGUUUGGACUCUCAUUGUUUGAUACUCGAACUGCAAAGUUUAGCAUUCCCAUGUCACCGGUAUCAUUGUCAGGAACCGCAACCGCAACCGCGACUGCAACAGCAAAAAAUAUAAAAAACUAUAGGCAACUAUCUGCCAAUAUCAUCAAAUGGAAUCCUUUAAACACUAAUAUUCUCGCUGCUGGUCAUGGGGAUGGUGUUGUUCGAUUAUGGGAUAUCAGAAAGCAAGACUACUUUGCAACACUCAAUUGCCAUAGCACCAAUGCCAGCAAUACUGGUUUUAGUAGUAGGUUUGGCAACGUGCUCAAAGUGACAAGUUUGGAAUGGAGCCAAGGUGAUUUAAUCACUGGUGGCCAGAAUGGCGAUAUCAUACAUUGGGACUUGACUUCUGAUAUCAAUUUGGAUCAAGUUGGACAUUUAAAUUGUGGAUUGAGACAGGGCUGGGAUAGUGUCAAAAGGGGAAAUGUGAGUCUGAAUCCAAGUGCAGAAGCUAGUGUGGAUGUUAACCAAAGACAAUGUGGUACUAUAUUACCUGCAUCAAACUCAAACAUAGCUAGUAUGUGUUCCCUUGCAGUUGGUGACAAGGAUGGUGAAGAGGAUGUAAAGAUCUUGUCUAUUGAUGGUUCGUCGUUUUUGGGAGUGCAUUCGAGAGUGAAGGAAGCGGUCAAGUUGGAUAUUGACGAUUCCAAGAUGUACUAUACGCAGCAAGAUCUUGACUCUCUCCUAAGGGAAAUUGAGGCCGCUAAUGACAAGUUAGAUAUAAACUUGAGUCUGAAUCUGGAUUCAGAGAUUAGAUCAUCAUCAGCAUCAUCAUCAUUUGUGAGCCUUAGUGAUUCUGAAAAGCCACUAGUGAUUUCGAGGAAACCAUCAAUGAAUAAGCCUCUAGUUUCAAGCGAAGCUAAUACAAGAAUAUUUUCAAUCAAUUCAACUUCUGGUUCUGGUUCAGAAACAGAAGUUGAGGAAGUCUUUGAUUACAAAGAUAGUGGGAAUUAUGGAAAGGAAGAAGAAGAAGAACAAGAAGAAGAACAAGAGGUUGCAGAUGAGUUCAAGUAUCCACCCGACAUUAGCACGCCAUCACCCAAAUUCAACCAUGAUUCGAUUGAAGUGAUGUCAUUAGAUGAUUUUGACUUUUCGUCAUUGUCGUUUGAUAGUCCUGGCAAUGAUUUUUCAGGUUCAGGGUUAGGGUCUUGCUUUGAUGCCAAUGCAGGUUCUGGUUCAGAUGUGUCUACAAGAGGAUCACCAAAUAACAAUUAUGCGUCACCACUUGGUUCUGUUGAUACAUUAUCGACAAUGGCUACUGUGGUUGAACACAUUCCACACGAGCACAAGAGUGACAAGAGUGACAAUAGUCACAAUAGUCACAAAAGAGGAGUCUAUGGAUUGUGCCAGGGUCAGGACCAUAGUGGUGCUGAUAAAAAUGAUGAUACCAUACUAGAUGUUUCUAUUGGCAUUAGGAGGACUUCAUCGGGAAGCCAUUUUAGAAAAUCCAGCUAUAUGGACGUAUUUCUGUCGUUGGACCAUUUUGACUUUAGUCAUCAAUUGAGCUGA